GGGAUGUAGCUAGGGGUCUGACUCUCCUCCCUCGAUUUAUACACGCCUCCCCUCCCGCCAAUUGCAGAGCGCCAUCAGUCAGGUCCUUUCCCCCGAGACCAAAUCAUGCGCUGGUGGCAGUCCUCCAAUCACAGUGGCUGGCAGACAGGGACUACUUUUCAAUCGGUGAAGAGCGCAUGGAGAAGGCUGUAAGACGAACCUCUGCUCUCGGGAAGUGUAGUUCAAUAUUUGAAGAAAAUACGUAGGAGAUUGCACCAAAUCCGAGCGGCAUAAACUACAUUUCCCAGAGGGCGCUGCAGUCGAGCUACGCGCCUUUUCUCACUAACAGCGCUCGCCCUCCCUAGUCGGUUCCACGGUAGAGGUGACCUGACUCCAGAUCCCCGUUUUGCAGGUGCUGAAAUUGUCUACGCAUUUCCCAAUCAUGCCGGAACCAAUCAGAGUCCUUGUGACUGGAGCAGCUGGUCAAAUUGCAUAUUCAUUGCUGUACAGUAUUGGAAAUGGGUCUGUCUUUGGCAAAGACCAGCCUAUAAUCCUUGUGUUGUUGGAUAUCACGCCCAUGAUGGGUGUCCUGGACGGUGUCCUAAUGGAACUACAAGACUGUGCCCUUCCCCUUUUGAAAGAUGUCAUCGCAACAGAUAAGGAAGAGGUUGCCUUCAAAGACUUGGAUGUGGCCAUUCUUGUGGGCUCCAUGCCAAGAAGGGAUGGUAUGGAAAGAAAAGAUUUACUCAAAGCAAAUGUGAAAAUCUUCAAAUGCCAGGGUGCAGCACUGGAUAAAUAUGCCAAGAAGUCAGUUAAGGUUGUCGUGGUGGGCAACCCGGCCAAUACUAACUGCCUGACUGCCUCCAAAUCAGCGCCGUCCAUCCCCAAGGAGAACUUCAGCUGCUUGACUCGUUUGGAUCACAACAGAGCUAAAGCUCAGAUUGCUCUUAAACUUGGUGUCACUUCUAAUGAUGUGAAGAAUGUCAUUAUUUGGGGAAACCAUUCCUCAACUCAGUAUCCAGAUGUCAAUCAUGCCAAGGUGAAGCUGCAAGGAAAGGAAGUUGGAGUUUACGAAGCUCUGAAAAAUGACAGCUGGCUCAAGGGAGACUUUAUCACCACCGUGCAGCAGCGUGGUGCUGCCGUCAUCAAGGCUCGGAAACUCUCCAGUGCGAUGUCUGCUGCAAAAGCCAUCUGUGACCAUGUCAGAGACAUCUGGUUUGGAACCCCAGAGGGAGAAUUUGUGUCCAUGGGUGUUAUCUCUGAUGGUAAUUCCUAUGGUGUUCCCGAAGAUCUGCUCUAUUCAUUCCCUGUGACAAUCAAGAAUAAGACCUGGAAAGUUGUUGAAGGUCUCCCUAUUAAUGAUUUCUCACGUGAGAAGAUGGAUCUUACUGCAAAGGAACUAGCAGAAGAAAAAGAAACUGCAUUUGAAUUUCUUUCCUCUGCCUGACUAGACAAUCAUUUUGAUUUCAAUCAUGUUACUAAAUGCCCCAAAGCUGAAGAAUCUAAAUGUCGUCUUUGACUAUAGUACCAAAUAAUAAUAAGCUAUACUUAAAUUACAUGUGAAAGACAAGUUUUAAAGAUUGUGUGCUUCUUGGUACAGAUUUGUGACAUCAUGCUGUUAGUGCUGCAUUCUAAAUAAACUAUAUAUUAAAAUGAAGAUGACUCAGACUCUUUUAAUUUCUAGCUACUAUUUUGUCUCUGUUGAAAUUUGCAUGUUUUCCAAUUGCCUGAUGGGUUGUGAAUUUCUUUUUUUUCAACCAAUGAACAGUAAUAAAGCUGGAAAAUGUUACAAGGAGAAGCACAAUUGUCUCACACUUAACAGAGUAUGAGAAUCAAUCUUGUGAUAAGAGUUAGUCUACUUCAGAAUAUAUUUUUAAAUAUUAUUUACAUUAGGCAAUUAAACAUUUGUCAUAUUUUUUAAUUUUUGAGGUUAGUAGGUCAUGCUUUGUGGAUAAUUAGAUUUUAACAUAAAGUAGGUUACAAAUAAUGCUGUUAACAGUUUAAUGUCAUUGCAUGAAAUUAGAACAACCUGUUUUCAUGACAAAA